AAACAAAACAAUUGUCACCAACUCUACUAAACCUUUAUAUAAAUUAGUCUCCACCCAGAUAAUAAGCUCGGCCAAAUAUCAAUGUACCAAGAAUUUCAUUAAGAAGUCAAUGUAAAGCGUGCAGUGUGUGGUCUAAACCGAUGUUGGGAUAACGGUUCAUUCGAUACGUGAAGGUUGAAACAAGGUUUGGCCCGGUUUACUCUUCUUUUGUGAUGUCUGACUGGGAGAAUCACGUAUACUAGCCUUUCUUAAUUUAUCUAUUCAUAUAAAAAGUAAAGUCAAGUGGAUACUACUCUCUUUUCCUCCCCAUUUUAGAGGGGUUGACUUGGACGAGGACGAAGGACAAGAAGUGGUAAACAGAAUAAUGUUAUGCCAAACACUUGGGAUCUUGAGGAAUCUUGACUAGAUGGAUCUGAAACUCUUGAGUCGGCCGGAUUGGGAUCAAGAAUCUUACCCAGAUUCUUCUGAUUUCUUGGUCCUCAUCUUCUUUGCUCCAUUCUUCCUUUUUCUUCGCUUAAUCCUCGACAGAUGCAUAUUCGAGAGGGUCGCUAGAAGACUGGUAGUUCCUAAAGGACUAUGUGCUGAUUCAAACGAGAGAAGAAAGAAGGUAGUGAAAUUCAAAGAAUCCGCUUGGAAAUGUUUGUGCUCUUUCUCGGUGGAAGCUUUUGCUCUCUACGUUACUUAUAAGGAGCCAUGGUUUAAAGACACCAGAUCCUUCUGGUUAGGACCAGGAGACCAGGUAUGGCCUGACCAAAAGAUAAAGUUGAAAAUGAAGGGAAUGUAUAUGUUUGUUGGCGGGUUAAAUGUAUAUGCCUUUUUUGCUUUGUUCUUUUGGGAAACAAGACGAUCUGAUUUCAAAGUCAUGUUAGUUCAUCACAUUGUAACUUCAUUCCUCAUCAUCUUGUCUUACGUUUUCAGAUUUGCUCGUAUAGGUUCUGUAAUAUUAGCUCUUCACGAAAUCAGCGACGUGUUUCUAGAGAUAGGCAAGAUGUGCAAAUACAGCGGCGCCGAAACUAUGACUAGCGUCUCGUUUGUCCUAUUUUUCUUGUCGUGGACCACUUUGCGACUCAUCUAUUACCCUUUCUGGAUCCUAUGGAGCACCAGGUUCAUACUCUAAACUCUCUACAUAUAUAAUGCGAUGUAACUUGAUCUAAUGUUGUUUAUGGAAUUGAUCUCUAGAUUCUCUACGUAUAUAUGCAUGAACCUUUGCAGCUACGAAUCAAUAAAAGUGAAAACGGAGUACUGGGACAAGAAGCAUCUGAUGGAAACCGGACCACCCCUUAUACUUUUCUACUAUGUCUUCAACACACUUCUUUAUUGCUUACAGAUUCUGCACAUCUACUGGUGGAUCUUGAUAUAUCGUGUGCUCAUAAGCCAAAUACGUGCCAAAGGCAAAGUCGCUAAAGACAUUCGUUCUGAUUCUGAAGGUGAAGAUGAUGAACACCAGGAUUGAUAUAUUGUAGACGUCCACUCAAAUUUUUGUAUCAGUGAUGUCACCUAAUAAAAAAAACCUCGUUAUUUAUGUGUGGUUGCUAUGAUCAAGCUGUAACCAUUAGCCAUCCCAAUAUAUCAUUUUCCUAAGCCAAACCGAUUGGACUCACAAUGUUGUUGAAGCCAU